AUGGCGGAAUUAGACUUGCAAGGGUCUACCCAUCCCGAGUAUAGUCAGGGUUACUCCGCCAAUGUGGACAGAAUCCGAGAGCAGGAGUAUCCUUUACUAAAUGAAACAACCUAUCUAGACUAUGCGGGGACAACACCCUAUGCUAAGUCCAUGAUCGAGGGUUUCUCGCGUGAUCUCACAUCGAAUCUUUUUGGAAAUCCUCAUUCGAUGUCUAUCUCAUCGCAGAUUUCUACACAACGAACUGAUGAUGUCCGAGUCCGUAUAAUGCGAUUCUUCAAUGCGGAUCCAGACGAGUUUGACCUUGUCUUCGUGGCAAACGCAACUGCCGCCAUCAAGCUAGUCGCAGACUCCCUCCGGGACUCCGACCAUCGAGGAUUUUGGUAUGGAUAUCACAUCGAUGCUCAUACCAGUCUUGUGGGGGUGCGAGAGCUGGCGGAGAUGGGCUAUCGGUGUUUCCAAAAUGACGAUGAGAUGGAGGCCGAAAUCUCGGAGUUGACUGGCAAUCAGUCAAAAGCCCCCAGAUUACUUGCAUUCCCAGCCCAAUCAAACAUGAACGGUCGGCGUCUGCCAAUGCGCUGGUGCGAUCAAGUUCGAUCCGCAGCAAACGAAAGCGGAGGAAAUGUAUACACUUUGCUUGAUGCUGCAUCCCUGGUAGCAACGUCUCCGCUUGAUCUUGGCCCCUCAUCAUCUGCACCGGACUUCACAGCCCUCAGCUUCUAUAAAAUAUUUGGAUUCCCUAAUUUGGGAGCUCUGAUUGUUCGCAAAAGUGCCGCACGGGCUUUUGAGCGUCGCAAAUAUUUUGGUGGAGGUACCGUUGAUAUGGUCCUAGCAACGGGCGUGCAAUGGCAUGCGAAAAAGGAAACCUCAAUCCAUGAGCGGCUAGAGGAUGGCACUCUUCCAUUCCAUAGUAUCAUAGCCCUGGAUGCGGCGUUGGACACCCACGAGCGUCUAUACGGUUCGAUGGCGAACAUCUCGGCUCAUACCGGGUUCCUCGCGAAGCAAGUCUAUGAUAGACUUUCUUCACUGGUACAUUUCAAUGAAAGUAAAGUCUGUCAAAUCUAUCAGGGAUUUGCAUCCGCAUAUGGCAAUCUACAGACUCAAGGGCCAAUUGUCGCAUUCAAUCUUCGCAACAGUCGCGGAGAAUGGAUUCCCAAGACGGAAGUGGAGAAAUUGGCUACGGUCCAAAAUAUUCAGAUACGUACAGGAUCUGUCUGCAAUCCCGGAGGAACUGCCACCUCACUUGGGUGGACUGCAUCCGAGCUUCGCCGCCAUUACUCUGCAGGAUUACGUUGUGGUGAUAGUCAUGACGUUCUGGGAGGGCGACCGACAGGCAUUCUGCGUGUCAGUAUCGGGGCUAUGACAAACAUGAGGGAUAUAGAUUCCUUGAUUAACUUUGUUGAGGAGUUUUAUGUCGAAAGGCAUCCCCCAAUAGUCGCUCUGACUCCCCCCAUGGAAGACAACGAGAUUGUUGCGCCCCACUUCUACGUCGAAAGCCUGGCAGUCUUCCCUAUCAAGAGCUGUGGUGCUUUCAAAAUCCCCGAAGGAAAGCGCUGGGAAGUGAAAAAAGAGGGACUGGCCUGGGAUAGAGAAUGGUGUUUGAUCCAUCAAGGGACUGGUGCUGCCUUAAAUCAGAAAAGGUACCCCCGCAUGUGUCUUAUCCGACCAUCAGUUGAUAUCGAACGAGGAGUUCUCCGCAUCACUUGUGGUGCAAUAGCCGCGCCAGAUCAAGUCAGCCUCGAAAUCUCACUUGGCUGGGAGGACACAAGUCUUAUAUCUACUUCAUUUUGCCCAAGCUCAACCAAAAAACCUUCAACAGUCUGUGGCGAUCCGAUCUCCUUGCAUGCCUAUACGUCACCGGUGGUCUCAGCGUUCUUCUCAGAUUUCCUGGGGGUGCCUUGUACCCUUGCCCGAUUUCCUACACAGACAAUGAGCCGAUUCUCACGGACACCACGAAUGCCAAAUACAUGGAAGAAUCGCUUCCGUAAGCUUAUUAUGCCAGGCUCAUUUCCACCUGAUCCUCCUCCCCCAGCUCGGGAAAAAGGUCCUACACAAAUCAAGUUAUCCAACGAGUCACCAAUUCUCAUCAUCUCGCGUUCAUCUGUCAACCAACUAAACGAAACAAUCAAAUCAAACACCAAGAAUGGCAAGAGUAAGACUGUCGCUGCAGACGUCUUCCGUGGUAACAUUGUUGUUGCCGAGAGACUUGCUCACCAUGGUGACGUGGAACAGCCUUUUGCAGAAGAUCGCUGGUCAUCCCUUCGGAUUGGACCUGUACAACUUCGAUUUGACGCUCUAGAUGCGUGCCAGCGAUGUCAAAUGGUUUGCAUAGACCAGUUUACGGGUAUCCGACGAGAUGAACCUCUUUCAACUCUGGCUAAGACGCGCAAUAUUAAUGGAAAGGUCUCUUUCGGGAAAUAUUCUACAAUUUCCCCGGAAGAAUUAGAGGGCUUUGACUCGGAAUUACCUGAUCGCAGGACGAUUAUGGUGGGAGAUGUGGUUGUGCCAUCCUACCAGGAUUAUUGA